AUGGUUAUCAAAUGGUUCACUAUUAUUUUGAUGAACUCAGUAUUAUGGACUCUAUGUCUAUGUCAACAAGAAUGUACUAGUUCAAUAAAUAAUAGCACACAGAUUGUUUUUGAAUGUUUAUCGGAUGUCAUAAUCGAUGAACUUCCAUUGUACGGCUAUACUGCUCCCGAAUUAGCUACUAUAACAUCGAUUGUAGUAAAUGGCGUUAAUGAUACUACUCUAGGUCCUUUUACAUCGAUUCCUCCAAAUAUCUGCUUGCUUUUUAAUUUAAAGAGUAUUGAUUUUUCACACAAUCGCAUUGCUCAAGUCGAUCCCGUAGGUAUAUUAAAUAAUUGCUUACCGAAUUUGACUAGUUUAGAUGUUAGUUAUAAUAAUAUAUCGGAAUUUCCAUCUGCUGUAAUCUAUAAUAUGCCAGCAUUACAAUAUCUUUAUUUUCAACAUAAUCAACUGGUUAAUGUACCUGGUAAUGCUUUUUACAAUAUAUCAAAUCUAGAGAUCAUUGACUUCUCAUACAAUUUUUUGACGAAUUUUGAGUUAUGGACGUUGGCAGUGCGUCAAAGUGCCGACUUUAGUAACAAUCGAAUUUCUAUUAUAACGAAUAGCAUCUUUAAUAAUAUAUCUCAAUAUACAUUGUUAGAGUCAAAAAUUUAUCUUGCCAAUAAUAGUGCAACAAUUAAUUUAACAGACGCUAUAUAUGAAAUGUAUAGUUCAUGUAGUGAAGUUUACUAUUGGCUUAAUUCAUCAACACCAAUUGAGCUGUUAACUAAACCAUUGCUGAGUUCAGCUCUGCCUUAUAUUGAUUUUGGAACAACUAAAAUCAAUUGUAGUUGUGAUCAAUCGUAUAUUGUAGCAAUGAUUAAUUCAGUUUUUGCUACUGUUGAUCCAGCAACAACUUCAACAAUACCAAUAUAUAGCGCGCAAUGCGCCGAUGGUAGAAAAUUGGUUGAUAGUGCAUGCCAUUUAAAUAUUGAUCAUCCUAAUUCAUCUAUCGACUUUUCACAAGUUUAUCCAAGACAAUGUAAAAUUUAUCAAGAUGAAGGUGGCUAUCUGACUAGCAUGCCUAAUAUUACUGUUCCUACAAUCAACGCGUCAACUUAUCCACAUUACGAAGCACAAUUGAUGACUCCAGGUGCAUGCUUCUUUACUUUUUCGAAUCUGUCAACAGUGAGAAUCAUAUGUACAAAUGAUACAUCAAAUUCCUCGACCAUUCCUAAUGAAUUACGUUCGAACCAUUACUUUUCGAAUAUUACACGUAUUGAUUUUGGUCGUUCUAUCUCUUCAUUACCAUCUUAUACGUGUUCAUUGCCAUCAGGCAAUAUUGAUUUAAGUUUCCAAUCGUUCACUACACUUACCGAUGAAACAUUUCCAUGUCUCAAUUCGUUUCGUUCAGUGAUAUUAAACAAUAAUCAAUUGACAAACGUAACUAUGAAAAGUGGUAAUUUUACUAAUUUAGUUUCGCUUGAUCUUUCAUCAAAUGGAUUAAGAAGAAUUCCUUACUCAAUUCUUACUCCAACACCAAGUUCUUUACGUUUUCUGGAUUUAAGAAAUAAUUCCAUUGAUUCAAUCGAUCUAUUUCUUUACACACUUAAAAAUAUUACAGUCGAUCUUAGGAAUAAUCCCAUCGAUAGUUCAAAUAUUAUCAAUCCAAUAAAUGUUACAUUAUCACAACAAAAUAAUACGAAUUCGCCGUCUAAUAUCAUAUUUCCGAUAGCUAUAAGUAAUAGUACAUAUAUAUUAAAUGAUCAAGCAGCUUUAACUGCUGGUGCAUGUAAUAGUUACGCUGUUCUUGCAUAUCGCAAUGCUCUUCAAUCGACCUACAGUAAUAUUUUAUUAGAUUGCACAUGUGCAUCUAUCAAUUUAAAACAAAUUUUUCUUCGUAAUCAAUCUAAUAUUCUUGAUGAUUUUAACUGCUCAAAUGGAUCCCUAGUUGAAAGUUUUAAUAAUUUAACAAUGUUAUCUUGCGAAUCGACCGCUUUGAAUUUUGCGACAGGGUUAUGUUACACAGAAUCGUUACAGAUACUUCCGGAUAACAUAACAGCGGGAUCUUUAAACACUAGUAUUCAGUUGACCAAUACUCCUAUAACUAUUCUUACAAUAAAUUCAUCAUCAAUUCUAAUCAAAAAUCAACAAUACACAUAUUCACCUGACUUCAAAGGGUCAAGUAGUAAUUUUUAUUCACUGAAGAUAACUAAUACUUCAAACCCAAUAUCAAAUCGAUAUACGGAAACUGUAACAUCAAUAGACCCGUCUCACUCAGAAGUUGUAUUAGUACGUUCGACAAGUAGUAGCAAUCAAAUAAAUAUAUCAUCACCAAUGAAUUUAACAACGAUUUUUAUCGAUACCACAACUGCAUUAUCGGCCACAUCCUUUGUGUCGAAUGCAUCAUUAAUAACUAAAGCAGAAGAAACAUUAUCAGAUAGCAACGUGAUAAUCAGUACGAACUGGACUACAUCAACAACAACGACUACAACCUCUACCUCAACAACGACUAGCACAACCAGCGUAACAACAAGUACAACAUCGACAUCAACUUCGACCACCAGUGUCACCACAAGUACAACUUCAACGUCAUCUACAACUACCAGUGUAACCACAAGUACAACAUCGACAUCGACAUCAACUUCAACAUCGUCUACAACUACAACUACCACUACCACUAUCACCACCAGUACUACUACAAUACUGAUUUUGAAUGGACAUUAUUCCAAUGUAAAUAGUACUGCUUUAAUCAUUGGUCUUGUUCUCGGUUUAGUUGGACUUUUUACAUUAACUGGUGGUAUCACCGCUGCUAUAGUUAUUAAAAUACGAGCGGCCAACAAUACUGUAAUAAAAAGCAAACCCGUCUUUCGAACGGCUGCUAUUAAUCAAGCACCUCAUAAUGCGCUCUUACG